CUUGAGGCGUGCGCAGCGUGUGUGGCGGGUGAGGCGUGCGCGAGGCUGGCGUGUUGGUGGUUUUUGAGAGUUGUUCAAAACAAUUUAAUCUUUUUUUGUACGAAAACUGCGUUUAAAACUCGAAAUGUCGGUAUCAAACGGUGACCUGGCAGCAAAGAUAGAAGAUCUGAGCAGUCUUGUGCCCAACAGACUCUGUGUCGCCGACAGCUGCCGAGAACGCCGCACGAAAAGGGACGAUUAUCUGCCGUGGCAGGACUACUUCAUGUCUUCGGCCUACCUGGCCGCUAUGAGGAGCAAGGACCCCAACACGCAGGUGGGCUGCGUGAUUGUCAACCAGGAGAACAGGAUCGUGGGGACCGGCUACAACGGCAUGCCCAACGGCAUCAGCGACGACGAAAUGCCCUGGGGAAAGACGAGCAACUCACCCGUCGACACGAAGUAUCCCUUUGUGUGUCAUGCCGAGAUGAACGCCCUGUUCAACCGCAACUGCUUUGACGUGCGCGGCUGCACGCUGUACACGACGCACUUCCCGUGCAACGAGUGUGCCAAGAUGGUGGUGCAGUCGGGCAUCGGCCAAGUUGUCUACCUGCAAGAUAAGCACCCCAAAGACGCCCCUUACGUUGCGUCUAGGCUCCUCCUCACCAAGGCGAAAAUCCCCUUCCGGCAGCACAUUCCGGAGGUGAAGAAAAUAGUAAUAGACUUCGAAAACUUGACUGCCUACAAAGUAUGACCGAAGGGGAACCCUUUCCAUCACAUAUACAAGACAACGUGCAGUAGUUGCAAGGUUUUUAUCUAACAUGCGCAGGAAAUCCGAAUAGAUUUCAUCAUUGCGUUUCUUUUAAAAGUAUCAACAGCUUCACGUGUUCAUUGCCAUUUUUUACCCCAUACGUUGCAUGUGGUUUGUGCUAGUCCUGCCCGCGUAUCACACAUAGUAUCUUGUGGGAAUUGACGUCCAAGCUCCACGGUGUUCCAGCUCGAACUGUUUGUUUUAUUUCUCGUGCAGUGAGCUCGGAAAAAGAAGAAAAAUAAUUUUUUAUCCCUUAGAGCCGACUACUACGGGAUUCCCCCCUGGCAGCACAUAGAUCACGAAAAAAAAAAAAAAAAAAAA